GCUAAUCAAAGAAAAAACAUAAAUUUAACAAUAAACAAAAACAAAAAAAGGAGUUUCUUUUCUUUUUUGUCGUCUAAAAUAACCAAUUUUUGCAUCUCAAAUGAGAAAUCAAAACGCCGUCGUAUCAUCCUUCGUUCUGCUUCUGCGGAUUUGCCGGAUUACAGUUACUACUACUGUUUGGGCCGUAAAUCUCGAUAAGUUUCUGCAAAACGGCGACUUGUGUUCGGAGCAGGACAAUGUAGCUCGCCGUGUCUUGGAACAGCUGAUCGGAUUUCCGGUCACCGGUCACCGGAGGAAUGAGCUGUCUCAGGGCCUCGAUCUUGUCCGACACCGAAGAGUUCGACGGAGCUCUGUCUUUUCCGGGGCCGAAUUGGGCUCUCCGGCGGGCGGCCGAUCUUCUCCUCGUCUUUGUAAUUCGAAGGUCGCCAGCGACGGGAAUCUGUUUGGAUCCCAUCGCGGUUGUGGUCGGCGGGGAGGAGGAUUGGAGGAGGAGUUGACGGCGGCGGCACGGCGGCUGGAGAGAGAAAGAGGGAAGAAGAAGGAAGGGACGUUCCGUUUCCGUUCCGUUUAGUAAAUAGGGAGGCGUUUGGGGGAGGGGUUUAAGUAGGAAGGGAAUUUGAGUAGUGCCACUAUUUUCUGCUCGAAUCACUAUUAUGCCAUCACGAGUCACUUGGGGGGAAGCAGCAUCACAAAUACCCCGCCCCCCAUGCAUCCAUGUUCUCCACAUUCCCUGCAUCAUCCUAAAUAGUAUCCCUCCCCGUCGUUUUUCAUGAUGUUCACUAGAUCUUUCCUUCAACGCGCUUCCAUCGCAUUUUGAUGCUCAUUUGAUCCAAUAUUUGGAGUACGUCGUGGAUUUGUCUAAUGCUUGUGCAAUGGAUUGUGAACUCAAUUUGGGAUUUUUGGAGGUGGAUUCUGACGAUUUGAAGCGGUAUUGAUUCCUCUCUCAAGGUAUGAUGUUAGAUUCCAUAUCUAUUUGAAUUUUCAUUCGAUUUGAAGAUUUUUGGGUUCUAAUUUACUAUUCACUCCUUCGUGACACUCAACUCUUCCAUAAAAUAUACUCCGUAUUAUGCAACAAAUCAAAAUGUUUGUCCAAAACAUUGUCUAGUGCCACGAUAACUUUUUCAAAAAUCGAACCGAUAGUUGUGGCAACACACAAAAUUGGAUUAACUUUGACAAAUGAAAAUCUUCUUCCCAAAGAAAGAAUAAAGCUCCUAGCGAUGA